GAGAACAGAUGGGACGAAAGAGUUACAGGGAGCAGGAGCCUACAAGGAGAAUAAAAUAGGGAACAUUGUUUCCUUAUUUUAUUUUAUUUCCUUUUAAAAUAGCAUCUUUUUUUCAUUUAUCAGCAUUUAGUUUUGUAGCAGAUCUUCUGACUCGAGCUUAUAUAUUUCUUGAGCUUUUUUUUUAAUUCCCCCCUAUUGGGGAGGGAGACGGAGUGGGAAGGAGGUAGUAGUAAAAGGAAUAGGUUUAGUAAGAGGUUUAAAGGGCUGAUUGUAACUUGAGAAGUUGGAAACCAGAAUUGGCUCUUUACUACUGGUCUUAUUGUAUCAGUAUAUAAUAACACGAUUAUUAUAGAGGAAGAGUUGCGGAGGAGUUCCUGCAAAGAGACUCUUGCUCUCUUCCAGGUUUAGGGGUGCAUUGUGUGUCCGUCUAUUUCCCACCCUCCCCCUUGUCCCCCCUCUCUCUUUCUCUCUCUUUCUCUCGCUCCCUCUCUCGUAGCCGCCUCUACAGCGCUGCCUUUAGCCCUCCCCUCGGCUGGUUGCUAUGGUGUCGAAGCUUUACUUGCUCUGGGCAGCGGCAGCAGCUGCACUGGCGCUGCUAAGCCGGCUGGCGGUGGCCGUGGGGCCGGUGGUCCGCUGCGAGCCAUGCGACGCGCGGGCUCUGGAGCAGUGCAAGCCGCUGGUGCCAGACUGCGCUGAGCUGGUGCGAGAGCCAGGCUGCGGAUGCUGCCUGACCUGCGCCCUGCAAGAGGGCAACCCGUGCGGCGUGUACACUGAGCGCUGCGGUGCCGGUCUUAGCUGCCAGCCCCAGCCGGGAGAGCCCAGACCCUUACAGGCGCUCUUAGAUGGCCGGGGCCUCUGUACCAAUGUGACCGCCAGCAAACUGAAGGCGUUCCUGAUGCAAGGACCCCAUGCUACAGGAAAUGCCAGUGAUGAAGAAGAAGACCGGAACACCAGCAGCAUGGAGAACCAGGCCAUCCCCAGUGUUCCCCGGGUACCUGAUUCCAAAUUUCAUCCACACCACACCAAACUAGACAUCAUCAGGAAAGGACAAGCCAAAGACACUCAGCGCUACAAAACGGAGUAUGAAUCACAAAGCACAGACACACAGAACUUCUCUUCUGAAUCCAAACAGGAGACUGAAUAUGGCCCUUGCCGCAGAGAAAUGGAAGACACAUUGAACCACCUGAAGUUUCUGAAUGUCUUGAGCCCAAGAGGGAUUCAUAUUCCAAACUGUGACAAGAAAGGAUUCUAUAAGAAGAAGCAAUGCCGCCCAUCCAAAGGAAGAAAGAGGGGUUUCUGCUGGUGUGUGGAUAAAUACGGACAACCACUCCCUGGAUAUGAUGCCAAAGGGAAAGGAGAUGCCCACUGCUACAACUUGGAGAACAAAUAAGUGCCAGAUGCCAACUCCUAUGGAAUCUCUGUAUGGCCACAGAAUUCACCCAUCAGAGACCUUUGGAGUGGUUGGAAGAAGGCAUGGACCACAUUGGAGUUUCAAGUUCCGCCUUCUCUUAAUGAUAUUUAGGGGAUUUUUUUUAGACUCUAUGGACACUGCAGCUGUGCCCUGCCAUUGCGCCUGCCUUCCUCCUUGCCUUCUCUACAACACUGAGGGAGGUCUGAAUUCCCAUGUAAAUCUGCACUAUUGAUCCCCAGAGACAGAGAAAAAGGCACUUCAGAAAAGAUUCAGGGAGUCUCCACUGACUUUAAAAACAACAACAAAAAACAGCCUGUGACCCAUUUGAUCCCAAAAGAUACUGUGUGUUAUUUUAAAGAAUUUAUAGAGUGUACACUUUUUAAGAUAUAAAAGGAAAAAAAUAAGGAAUUUAAAAUUUUAAGCUUUUCUUUAAACAGGUCUGAUGGGAAAAAAAAAAAGUCUUCACGGGUAAAAUGUUUUAUAAAAAAAAAUCUCAAAGAACUUUUUAAAGAAUCAUGUUUCUAAAAUAAAGACAUGGCUAUUUUUCUCUGUAAAAUAUAUUAUGAAUAUUCUGUUAGUCUGUAUUUAAUAUAAUUUUUUAAAUAAACUUUAUUUAAAUGUAACAUGUGAAUAUGAAAUGUUACACCAUCAUUUUGAAGUAUGCCGUUGAAUCUGUGCAAGUUUAAAAAGAAACAAAAAACCUAUCAUAAUGGCGAUAACCUUCUCCUUCCAAGAUAAGUUUAUCAAGUGGAAGAAAAAAGCUAAUUAAAAUUUGUUUCACUUUUUGAAGAAAAGAAAAAAACCCCAAAUCAUAGAUUUUUGAUCACGAAAUCUAGACAAAUUAUCUUCCACAAUUUCUUUCAUUAAGAUAAUUUUAUCCCACAUCGUACAUCUACCAUAUAAUUUGACUUCAGUAUGCCUUGUGUUUGUAGUACCCAAGGGCAAAAUGGAGCCUUUGGUUGUUUUUUUAAGUUUAUUUCAAUGUAUUUCUUUUUUCUUCUCAUUUUAGUUAAUGUGGAGCUCAAUUGCGCCUUAUUUUGCACAAGUGACUGCCACUGCCAUCUGUAAUGUGCAUGGAUCAGCUGCAGGCCACAGCCUUGAUUUUCAUUUCUUGCCGUGGUGAAUUGAUUUUUAACCAAAGUUUAGAAAGAGGUUCUUGGAAUGCCUGAUUAUUGAAAAUAGGGAGCUGAGUGUAUGUCCACUUUCUAGUAGUUAAUGAAAAGCAAUUUGAUUGUCCUUGUCUCUUCAUAUAAAAGAAAAUGUAAGCAUCAACCAAAUGUCGCCAUAACUCAGCAGCCUAUGGUACACUGCUUAUUCACUGAACUGACUGAUUCUCUGACUUUGCUCAUUUAUUUUUAAACAAUUUUGAAUGGUGUGGGUUGGAUAGAAUCCAUGCUGGUAUUUUCAUGCUUUGUAAAAGGAAAAUGGACUUUAUCAGGAAGAGAAAAAGAAAUUUAACUCUUGUUUUCUUUAAAUACUGACUCACUCUCCUGUAUUGGGUAACAUGAUACCUUCUGUGGCUCUGCCUCUGAAGUAAGGAGAUGGUUUCAUGUAAGUGAAUAAGCCAAAUUUUUUUCAUGUUUUUAAAUAGCAUGAACUGCUUUGUGAAGUAUUGAGGAAAUGUGCUAGAAUUUUAUCUGGAAAGGAGGAGAGUGAUACUUUGAGAAGUAAGUUGUAGACCCUUUGUAGCAGCUAAAAAACAGGCAAUGCAGACUUAUUAUCAUUAUUAUUAUAAUUUCUUUGCCUUGCUUUAGAAUUCUGAUAGACUUAACGACAGUUCAGAACUCUAAGAAUUUCUAUGGUGCUCCCAGGUCAGAUGACUCAGAAAGAGUAAAGAGAGGCUCUGGCCUACAUAAGAAACGAUAAUCUUAUCCUUCUGCUGUCUACAUAGUAAUACUCUUCUUGUUGGGAAUAUGUUCUCUAAAAACCAAUAACAUUUUUAAAAUUGUCAUUUUUCCCUUUUAAAACAAUGUAAAAAUAGCAAAACAAAAGAUAAGCAAUCAGUGGAGACUCAUCAGUGACACAGUGUUUAGCAGCACAUAGAGAAUCAUCUGUAUUUUUAAAGUUUGAAAUAGUUUUCUUUUUUAUAAUAUACAAAUAUAUGCAGAGAAGAAACAUUUAUAAUGAAUUUUCAGCAUAUUAUAUACCAUAUAGUCAAAAUAAGUGUAAUAGAAACAUAUGCUAGAUGACACUAGAUAAUGUGCUAGAAAUACUAGAUAAUAUAAAUAUAUAGACAAUUGAUUAAAGGAUUCUAUAUAUUAAGCAACAGACCUGCUCUAUUUUUAGAGGCCAAUCUCAUUUCCAUUAGAAUACUGACAGCUUGAAUCAAAUGGUUUCUGAUUGACUGAAGCAAUUGGAGUCAUCAAUACCUUACAUUGAUUUGAUUCCCAAAUAUGUGUAGUGUACUACCAUUUCACCUCAAAUGGAUUUCUCUUGAGAGGAAAUAAAUUCGUGAUUAACCAGCA